CUAAAAUACUGUACAGUCACCAGGGGGCAUGCACACAGUAACACACUUGAGGAAACAUAAUUGGUCCAAUAUUUUGUCAAGAGAGUAAUUUAAAUGCGACCGGACCACUAUGGGAUAUGUUUAAGAUGUCAUUGUAAAUGAAAGUGGUGUGAGCGGCGGCGAAACGGCGAGCUGUUUUGGGGAUUUUCCAAUUCAGAUUUUGUUGCAGGAGGGUUUUUGCAGCCCCCGUCUCUCCGGCGUUGUUGUGAAUUGAUCUAACAUGGCGACUGUACCAGUUUAUUGCAUCUGUAGAUUACCUUACGACGUAACCCAGUUUAUGAUCGAAUGCGAUGCCUGCAAGGAUUGGUUUCACGGCAGCUGUGUUGGGGUGGAUGAGGAUGAAGCCCCAGACAUUGACAUUUAUCAUUGUCCCAACUGUGAGAAGACCCACGGCAAAUCUACAUUGAAAAAGAAGAAGAACUGGAACAAACAUGACACAGGGCAAAGCACAGACGUGAAACCCGUCCAGAACGGCAGUCAGGUGUUCAUCAAGGAGCUUCGGAGCAGGACCUUCCCCAGUUCUGAGGACGUGGUGUUAAAGCUGAGUGGACACCAGCUCACCCUGGACUACCUGGAGGAGAAUGGCUUCACAGAGCCAAUUCUGGUCAUGAAGAAGGAUGGACUGGGCAUGUCCAUGCCUGCUCCCACGUUCUACGUCAGUGACGUCGAGAACUAUGUCGGGCCAGAUGUUCUCGUGGAUGUCGUUGACGUCACUAAGCAAACGAACAGCAAGAUGAAGCUCAAGGAGUUUGUAGACUACUACUACAGCACAAACAGAAAGCGAGUAUUAAAUGUGAUAAACCUGGAAUUCUCAGACACAAGGAUGGCAAGUCUGGUGGAAAGCCCUCAGAUAGUGAGCAAACUUUCCUGGGUGGAGAACUACUGGCCGGACGAUGCCCUGUUGGGAAAGCCCAAAGUGACCAAGUACUGUCAGAUCUGCGUGAAGGACAGCUACACUGACUUCCAUAUCGAAUGCGGGGGCGCCUCUGUGUGGUACCACGUGCUAAAAGGAGAAAAGAUAUUCUUCUUGAUCAAGCCCGCGUCUGCCAAUCUGUCUCUGUAUGAGCGGUGGAGAUCUUCAUCCAACCACAGCGAGAUGUUCUUUGCAGACCAGGUGGACAAGUGUUACAAGUGCACGCUAAAGCAGGGGCAGACGCUUCUAAUUCCAUCUGGCUGGAUAAAUGCAAUACUGACUCCGGUCGACUGUCUGGCCUUUUCCGGACACUUCGUGCACAACCUGAGUGUGGAGAUGCAGAUGAGAGCAUAUGAAGUGGAAAAACGACUUAAAGUUGGCAGCCUGACCCCAUUUCCAAACUAUGAAACGGCCUGCUGGUACGUGGGACGGCAUCUGCUGGAGCGAUUCAAAGGCUUGCAUAAGGCAAACAAACAACCAGCCCCUUAUCUGGUCCAUGGUGCCAAAAUCAUUAAUGGAGCCUUCAGGUCAUGGACUAAGAAACAGGCUCUGCUAGAACAUGAAGAUGAACUUCCAGAAAACAUGAAGCCAGCACAACUCAUUAAAGACCUUGCCAAAGAAAUCAGGAUUUCAGAGAAUGCAACAAAAGCCAUCAAGACAGAACCUGGUGCCAAGAUGGCGGCCGAGGAUCCCCUCCCUCCACCUGCACCGGAGCCGGAGGAGCCUGUUUCCCCGACGCCCGCUCCCACGCCCCCCCAAGAAAAGCCUUCCCGAAAGAAAACUCCCAGGCCUCCUAAGCCGCCCAGACCCCCUAAACUCCCAAAGACCCCGAAAGCUCCAAAGACUCCAAAAAUAAAGGAUGGAGGAAAGAAGAAGGUGAAAAAGGAGAAAGAAGGUGUCAUUCCGCCAAAGGCCUGCGGCCUGGCUUCUCUUGAGUCCCACGCUAAGGAUACGCUGACCAAGACCGACCAGCCGAAAAAAGGGAAAGCUGCCAAGAAUGCUUUAAGUGCUUCGGAGAAAGAGGCAAAUAAGCAGAAUGACGUGGAGAAGUUUGAAAUUCGAGAACAGAACAAAAACAAACCUGAAGCGAAGUGGAAAUAUAAGAAUAGUAAACCGGAUUCCUUGUUGAAAAUGGAAGAGGAACACAAAUUUGAAAAGUCAUUGCUAUCAGGAAACAAAGAGAAGUUUGCAUUUUCGUUUUCCCAUAAAAAGUCGCUAGGCUCAAAAGGACCGAAGCCCCAAGCUCACACAUGCCUAUUCGGAUCAUUACAAAACAUCAAGGAAGAUAAACCCAAAGUGGUGAGAGAUGAGUAUGAGUACGUUUCUGACGAAGGGGAGCUGAAGAUCGACGAGUUCCCCAUUAGGAGGAAAAAGAAUGCAGUAAAGCGAGACUUAUCUUUUUUGUCGAGUAUUAAGGAACCCAUACAACAGGCAAAAAAAACAAAGCUGCACCCAACAGCUCCCAGGAAGUCUGACUCAUCAGAUGAAGAGUCACUUCACAUAGACACAGAGACUAAGCCAGAGGUCAAAGGUCGGAACUCAAAGGUCAAGAAAGAGAGUGGGAGUGCAGCAGGGAUCCUUGAUCUGUUACAAGCCAGCAAGCAAGUAGGCGGAAUCGACUACAAUGCUAACAGUCAGCCACCUGCAUCCCCCAGCACACAGGAGGCCAUCCAGGGCAUGUUGUCCAUGGCCAACCUGCCGACCUCAGUCCCCUGCCUGCAACAGUCGUGGAGCAACAACCAAUCAAAGAGCAACUCGGUCCCGUCGGGAAAGAAGUCGAGCGGGGGCAGCGGCAAUAACAAGCGACCGGCCAAGCGUCCUUCAAAGAAGAACCAGAAGAAUGCCUCCAUGGACAGCAUGGAGAUGUUUGAUGAUGACCAGGACCACCUAGACGCCUGCUUCAAGGACUCUGAUUACGUUUACCCAUCCCUGGAAUCAGAGGAAGAUCACCCUAUUUUCAAAUCCAGGUCCAAGAAGAGGAAGAGCUCCGACGACACUCCUUACAGCCCGACCGCUCGGGUGGGCCCUUCAGUGCCCCGGCAGGAGCGGCCGGCCCGGGAGGGAGCGCGAGUGGCUUCCAUAGAAACAGGGCUGGCAGCUGCGGCAGCCAAACUGUCCCAUCAGGAGCAGCAGAAGAUCAAGAAGAAGAAGAAGAGCUGUAAGAAGGCCAAACCAUCGCUCGAGGAGUCCAGCAAAGUCUCCCAGAACAGCAGCUCCCCGGAACCCAAUGUGGACUCGCAGGACAGCAGUUUGGCGGACCACGAGUACACCAGCGGGGCGGGCAAGGCCUCGGGGGGCUCGCAGCCGAUGGCUCCGGGGGUCUUUCUCACGCAGAGGCGACCUUCCACUUCAUCGCAGAACAACGCCACAGCAAAGGCGGAGCACGGCUUGACAGCGGAGGCCAAAGCCAAACGGCUAAAGAAAGGCAUGGCGACAGCCAAACAGAGACUGGGAAAGAUUUUAAAGAUCCACAGGAACGGGAAGCUCCUUCUGUGAGGGACAGUGUCAGACUGGCACCCACUGAUGAUGUCACGGGCCCCCGCCGAGCCCUCACUCUGCCCGAAGUCCUCCUCGCUCAUCAUGCACAAAGGCGGCGAACGUGGGCAGUAAGACCGCUUAUAACAUUUCUCCGUUUCUAAGAAGAGCGCGACUCAAAUAGGUUUUUGCCUCGACUUAAUACUUUAUAACUUUCAGAUAUUAAAAGUGUACAGAAUAUCCGCUAUAAAUAUUUUUUAAGAAAUGUGUGUCAUUUUACUACAGCUGUCUAUCAGGGGUUGCUAAAAAACAGAGAAGACAGAAAAGCAUUACAGUCAUUCCAAGUCAUAGAAAGUAUCCCUUGCAUGGAAUUAAUUGCAUGUAUGCACAUUUUUGUAGGGGGUGGGGGCACUCGCAUACACGUGAUGUGUACAGUUCAUUAUUCCAAAAUGGAUGUGGCUUGUCCUGCAGGUGCUGUUUCAGGCUGUACAGAUCAGCACAGUAAUGUGUCUCACAGUGUUUACCACAGGAAAAAUACUACAAAACCUCUCACCUCAGAUCAUCAGACUAUCUCCCUCAUGCCGCUGCUUAUUUUUUUUAAGUUUUUGGCAUUAGAUUAGUGUUUGCAGAGCAUUAACAGUGAUGUUAUUUAUUGAACCGAUUAAUAGAAUUAUUAUGGACCAACAAAUGGCACUUAGAGACAAUACUGAAGCACUAAAAUCAAAACCCAAAUAGAUGUUUUCAAUAAAAAAGUGCACAAUAAAGUACAAGAUGUUUAUAAAGCAGUCUGAACGCUCAGUGAUGACAUCUGUGUGUACUUCGGUGGAAGGUGGUCUCGAAUGCACGCCUCCACCCUGUUUACGUUGCUGUGCAACGUCAGUAAUUCUGUUUUUAUGUACUCUAAUAAGACUAUUUCUAAGAUGAAACUGCAAUAGUUUAAGGUGCUUAGAACUGAACACACCUCCCAGUCUUCUGGACAAUUCCUUCACUUGUUCCUUAUUAUCCUAAUCGCCAUGGAUGCUCCCUUUUGCCCAAAAUAAUGAGUUGUGGCAGAUCCACCUAAAAACAGUCACAGCUCAUGCCUAACACUCUGCAUGCCGUUCAUCUUGGAGAGAAGUGCAGCCGUUGGCUCUUAAGGCCGCGAUAAACACAUUAACGUGCAUUUUAUAUUACUUUAUUUCUCAAGGUGUGGGGUAGUGGGCAACACUGUCACCUCACAUCUCCAGGGUUGGGGGUUUGAAUACCCCCCCCCCCCCCACACACACACACACACACACACACACACAUACACUACGCUUAGUGCGUGUUUAGUUUGCAUGUUCUGUCUCUUUGUAGUUCCUCUGGGUACACCGGUUUGCUCCCACAGUCCAGUGACACGCACUUAAGCUAAUUGGUGUCUCCAAAUUGCCCGUAUUGUGUGCGCGCAGGUCUGUGCCCUUCGAUGGACUGGCAUCGCGUACAGACUAUGCCCCAGAUUUGUGCCCCAAGCUACCUGGUUUGGUCUCCCUGUCCAGAAUAAGUAGGUAGAAGAAGGGUGGGUGGAUGGAUGGAUUUUUGUUUCACUAUAUGAGAUAAAGUACACGCACGUUGGUAAAAUCUCAGUCUUUCUGAGACGUUGCUGAGAUACAACCUAGUGAAUAAUUUUGUGCAGUUUUGAAAUGUUGCUGCAGUAUUUGGUAAGACAGAAAAUUAAAAUUAUUCCAUUUAUUCUCCAAGAAAGACAGUUAAUCUGAAUUACUAAAUACCAGCCCUUCAUUUACUAAUUUUUAUAAAACAAUUACAGGAGGUAAUACCACAUCUGAUAUUUCUGUGUGUAGAUUUACUGGGAUAUGAAGUUUGGAAAAUAAAUGGGGAAAUGUUUAGUAUUCUCCUUCAGCGUAAUAUUCUCCCACAUGGGAAAUGAUGUGAUUAUCAAACGUUUACUCUUGUUACCACUGCGUUCAAAUUUACAUUUGCACAUUUCAGAAAGGUCACAGAGGGAUAGUUAAAAACUGAACACUAAGUUAAUGGGACUUACAGCCCAAAUAACAAGCCUCAUCCAUCUCGGGUCUGUUUUUAUGGCUUCACAGGGAUACUUUCUUACUCAAAUUUGUUUCACAGGCAGCACCAUCAACUAGAUAGAAAUAUGCAUUUAUAUUGUAUGUAGAAUGUAGCUUGUAUAUAGCUUUUUAAAUGACUACUUUUUGUAUCAGUUUUCUUUUUUUUAACACUUAAUUUUACAUUUCUACUAGUUUUUGCUAAUUAUACGUAUAUAUAUAAAAUAUUAAAUAUAUAUAUAUAUAUAAAUAUAAGAUAGCCUUUACUUUUUCAUUUUACCAGAGACAGUGUAGGACAUUUUAUUUUGUUGUUUUAUUUUUAAAGAGUUUAUUAGACCGAGGUGUUGCCUGGAAAACAAAGACAAAUAAACGGUUUAUGUCAUAUGACCUUACACAACAUGAAGCUAGUCGUGCUGAAACAAUUGAGUUCAUGCGGGAGGAAUGUUUGAGGACAUGCAGAAAGUCGCCGAUUUCGAAAGGAGAGCCUCCAGUCCAUAACCAGCCACUUGUUCUCCUACCCUGAUGGAAUUCGAGAUUAUUUUACUAGCACCUUGUGAAGUGUUUUCUGUGUCUGUGAUGUAAUUUAUAAAUGUUUGUAGUCUUUUAUAUUUGUACAUUUCUCAAGAGCUUGGAUUUUAAAUAUUUUAUCAGCCUGUGAAAUUCUUGUUUAAGGAAUCUAGGUGUCAGUAAGUAAGCAGAUGCCUGCGGCCUCAUUGACUUUUCAAGAAUUAGAGCAAUUUUAGGAACGAAAAUUAUAUGUUUAUUUUUAUUAUUAUUAUUAUUAUUAUUUUAUUAUCAUUAUUUUUUGAUUAUUGCAACUAUCAAUUAUUUUUAGCGGGAAAUCCGUAUGACAAGUAAUAUUGUUAUUACUAUGAUUAUAAUUAUUGUCAUUAUUUCUACUACUAUUAUUACUACUACUUUUACUACUACCAAGCAACUACUAUGUGGUAUUACUCUGCCAUCAUGCCUUUGAUUUUAUUUUGGUAAUACAGUAUGUAUGUUUGACAUGGUUUUAACAAGAUUUACAAGGUGAUACUCCAUUGUAGUGGUAUAUUUACCUGUGUAAAUCUUGAGUUCACUCCACAGAAUUGUUUAAAAUAUAGUCCAGAUCAAACUUUGUCAAGUUUUUAUUUGUAUAAAAAUUGUGAGUCGCUUUGUGGUUUAUUUUUCUAUGUACAGCUCAUUAAACACAGGCACCGGGGCACUGUCA